CCAAUCGAUUCGGUUAAAAGAUAGAUUGAAGUGCAACACAGUCAAAACUCAAAAACUCCCAUCUGGCAAUUCGCUCUUCUUCUUCUUCUUCUUCUUCUUCUUCUUCACAACUAGUUCAGAGUUUGUGUUCGUUGCUUUUUCGAAGCCAUUGCUGCACUUAAACAAAAACAAACAAAACAAAAAAAAGAGCCUUUAAACACAAAAACAAAAAGGCUGGGCGUGUAAUAAAGGUGGUUCGUGGAGAACAAACAAAUGGGUUCUUCUUUAAUCAUUAUUGCUCCGUUAAGGGUUUCCUUCUUUUCUGUAAAAACGUCAACUUGGAGCUGAUUUGAAGUGAAAUGCCGUGUUAGGGUUUCGGAGAAACCGGAAAAAAAAAAACUUGGGAACCAUGAUUGCAGAGAAACCCACUUGGAUAAGACAUGAGGGAAUGCAAAUUUUCUCCAUUGAUGUUCAGCCUGGUGGUCUUAGGCUCGCUACUGGUGGUGGUGACCAUAAGGUCCGGAUAUGGAACAUGAAAUCUCUUGGCAGAGAUAUGAAUAAUGAAGAAUCAACCCAGAGGCUUCUUGCAACGCUUCGUGAUCACUUCGGAUCCGUCAACUGUGUUAGAUGGGCUAAGCAUGGUCGUUAUGUUGCUUCGGGCUCUGAUGAUCAAGUGAUUUUGGUUCAUGAGAGGAAGCCUGGUUCAGGAACCACUGAGUUUGGCAGCGGAGAGCCCCCGGAUGUUGAGAAUUGGAAAGUUGCACUCACAUUGAGAGGGCAUACUGCAGAUGUGGUGGAUCUUAAUUGGUCUCCUGAUGACUCGACAUUGGCCAGUGGGAGUUUAGAUAACACCGUACAUAUCUGGAAUAUGAGCAAUGGUAUUUGCACUGCUGUUCUUAGGGGCCACUCUAGCCUGGUUAAAGGAGUUACUUGGGAUCCAAUUGGCUCCUUUGUAGCUAGUCAAUCAGAUGAUAAAACUGUCAUUAUUUGGCGAACUAGUGACUGGAGUCUCGCUCACAGGACUGAUGGUCACUGGACAAAAUCACUGGGAUCUACUUUUUUCAGGCGGCUUGGAUGGUCACCUUGUGGCCAUUUCAUUACUACUACUCAUGGGUUCCAGAAACCAAGGCAUUCCGCACCUGUUUUGGAAAGAGGGGAGUGGUCUGCCACAUUUGAUUUUCUGGGACACAAUGCUCCUGUAAUUGUCGUGAAAUUUAAUCAUUCAAUGUUUAGGAGGAAUGUUACCAAUGCUCAAGAAGGGAAAACUGCGCCUGUGGGGUGGACAAAUGGGGCUUCAAAGUCUGGAGGCAAGGAACCGCAACCAUAUAAUGUUAUUGCUAUUGGGAGCCAGGACCGGACAAUAACUGUAUGGACGACUGCAAGUCCCCGCCCUCUCUUUGUGGCAAAGCAUUUUUUUACUCAAAGUGUUGUAGAUUUAUCCUGGAGUCCUGAUGGUUAUUCACUCUUUGCCUGUUCCUUGGACGGUUCAGUUUCUAGUUUCCAUUUUGAGGCAAAAGAACUUGGCCAUAGGCUAAGUGAUGUUGAAUUAGACGAGCUAAAGAAAAAUCGUUAUGGUGAUGUUAGAGGUCGACAAGCGAACUUAGCAGAAAGCCCAGCUCAGCUAUUAUUUGAAGCAGCUUCUGCCAAGCAAGCCCCUAACAAAAAAGUGAUUCCAGAUGUCCAGCAAAGUCAGGUACUUGAAAAGCCUUCUGUUGAUGUGGGAGCUGCAACAAAAGCUUCUGAGCCUCAAGUUGAUGACAGGAAGAAAAAUGGGGCAGCUACUGGCGAAGGCUUGAAUAAAGUUCCAGGAUCUACCCGAAUUUCAAGUCCUGUGAAGCAAAGAGAAUACAGACGGCCUGAUGGUAGAAAAAGGAUUAUUCCUGAAGCAGUUGGAGUCCCUGUUCGUCAAGAAGAUAUUUCUUCAGGGGGUCAAUCUCAUCCACCUGACUUCCUUGUUGUGUUGUCUGACCAUGGUAAGGAAGAUAAUGGUUUGGCUCCUGCUGAUUGUGGCUUUAGAGGAAAUUCUAUGAGGGGAGCACUUGGCAGGAGCUCUGAUUUGAAGGAGCGAUCUGGGGUUGCUACUAGAGCUAUGAUUACUGACAGUCUGGUUAUUGAGAAGGUUCCUAGUACCACAUGCAAAGAUGGAUACAUCAAUGUGGAACAAUCAAGUAGUGUGAAGGCUUCCAAUUCAUCUGAUGCUUCCAGUACUAGUCUUUUGAUAAGGGUGUUUGAUAAGAAAGAAGGGGAAGAUACAAUUCCAAUUUGCUUAGAAGCUCGUCCACGGGAACAUGCUUUGAAUGAUAUUGUUGGCAUGGGAAGUACAUUCAUCAUGAAAGAAACAGAAAUUACCUGUACGAGGGGGCCUCUAACUCUUUGGUCUGAUAGGAUCUCUGGGAAAGUCACUGUUUUAGCUGGUAAUGCUAACUUCUGGGCUGUUGGGUGUGAAGAUGGAUGCCUACAGGUUUACACAAAGUGUGGGAGACGUGCUGUGCCAACCAUGAUAACGGGGUCUGCAGCAACAUUUAUAGACUGUGACGAGUGCUGGAAGUUGUUGUUAGUCACAAAAAAAGGAUCCUUAUAUUUAUGGGAUCUUUUUAAUCGUACUUGUCUCCUUCAUGACUCGUUGGCAUCUCUGCUUGCUUCUAAUCCAAACUCAUCAGCAAAAGAUUUAGGGACAAUCAAAGUUAUAUCUGUAAAGUUAUCAAGGUCUGGUUCACCUCUUGUUGUCCUGGCCACCCGCCAUGCCUUCCUUUUUGAUAUGAGUCUCAAGUGUUGGCUGAGGGUUGCAGAUGAUUGCUUCCCGGCAUCAAAUUUUGCAAGCUCCUGGAAUCUGGGUUCAGUACAGAGUGGUGAGCUGGCUGCCUUGCAGGUUGAUGUUAGGAAAUAUUUGGCCAGAAAACCGGGUUGGAGCAGGGUGACUGAUGAUGGAGUGCAGACACGAGCUCAUUUGGAAGCUCAGUUGGCUUCUUCUCUAGCUUUGAAGUCCCCUAAUGAAUAUCGCCAAUGUCUUCUAUCAUACGUACGAUUUCUUGCAAGAGAAGCAGACGAGUCUCGGCUGCGAGAAGUUUGUGAGAGUUUUCUUGGUCCUCCAACCGGGAUGGCAGAGGAUACUUCUUUGGAUACAAAGAAGUUGGAAUGGGAUCCUUUUGUGCUUGGAAUGAUGAAACAUAAACUCUUAAGAGAAGACAUUCUUCCAGCAAUGGCAUCGAACAGGAAAGUCCAGAGAUUGCUCAAUGAAUUUAUGGAUCUCCUCUCAGAAUAUGAAAAUGUUGAAACAGUGAUGGAGCAGAAAACUCAGACAGCAACAGCACCAGCAAGGUCUCCUGAAGUAGCUGCUAAUCCAUCAAUAAAUCCCUCCAUCCAAUUAGCAGCAACAGAUCAAAUGGACCCUGCCUCUGCAUCAACAGAGAGAGUGGAGAUUGUUCCUGCAGAAACAGGUCAAAAAGACUCCUCUCAAAUACCACCACCGCCACCGGCGGAAGAGCAAGGCAGCUAAGGCGUCUGCCUAGGGACCCUUAAAAAAUGGUCCUAAAGAAUGUCAUACUACAUAUUGUAUUUUUUUUUUUUUUUUUUAUAUUGAUUUUCGUUCAGCAAUUUUACUUGUUAUAUAAAAUAAGUUUUUUUUUU